AUGGUGAAUAUCACGGAGAAGAUCAAGGAAAAACUCGCCCGACUACGAGCCCAACUACUAGAGCCCACGGGCGGAUCCGGCGGCGGCGGAGCAGGUUUCGACGUCAGCAAGAGCGGCGAUGCGCGAGUCGCGCUGGUCGGUUUCCCAUCGGUCGGUAAAUCGACGUUCCUGAGCAAGAUCACCAAGACGAGGAGUGAGGCCGCCGCGUACUCUUUCACCACGCUCACGGCCAUCCCCGGUGUGUUGGAAUAUGGCGGUGCUGAGAUCCAGAUUCUCGAUCUGCCGGGUAUUAUUGAGGGAGCUGCUGAGGGUAAGGGUCGAGGACGACAGGUGAUUUCCGCAGCGAAGACCAGUGAUUUAAUUCUCAUGGUUCUGGACGCUACUAAAAAGGCGGAACAACGGGCAUUGCUGGAGGCGGAAUUGGAUGCCGUUGGAAUCAGAUUGAACAAGGAUCCUCCGUAUGCCGAUACAACUUUCUGUUCGUCCUUCAAUUACUUCGAAUUCUAA